AUGGAUCUCUUUUUGGAGACCGAACCGUUUUUCUUCGACCCCAGAGGCGACCUGACCCUCAAGGUCGGCAACGAAGAGGACACGGGCGGAAAGUAUACCUUUGUCGUGUGCUCCAGAACCCUAGCUCGAUCUUCCACCGUCUUCACGGCCAUGCUGUUCAGUGGCUUUGCAGAGUCCUGCCCUAGAGAGGAUUCAGAGGAGUCGUCAUGGACUGUGGAGCUUCCGGAGGACAGCCCUUACUCCUUCUCUCUCCUCAUGGAUAUCAUCCAUGGCCAUUUCGCGUCGCUCCCAGACAUGUUGCGCGCACGAGAUCUGCAUGACUUGCUCAUCUUGACGAACAAGUACGACAUGACCCACGUCCUGCACCCCUUGGCCCGCACCUGGUUCAGACCUUACAAAAAGGUCACCACCUGCGUGGGAAACGAGACUGUUCUGUGGAUUGCUUGGGAGCUUGGUCACAAGGAGCUCUGUCGCAAGCUCAUUCGUUCCCUUGUCUUUGAGUCCAGAGUGGACGAGUACGGCCAGCUGCUCGACAGCAAUGGAGAUCCUCUCCCAAGGGAUUCAUUUCUGGAAGGCCCCGGGGUUCUAGAUCACGUAGCUCAGGUCCGAAGCAGUCUCAUUCAAAGUAUCGCCUCCCUGUUCCACAAGGCCAUCCAGUCGAACCUGGAUGGUAAUGGAUGUAAGGCGCCGACUCGCCCGUCCAUGUAUUGUUACAUGACGAAAACCAUCCAAUGCGACUCCAUAAACGUUGGAGCUCUGGUGCGUUACACCAAGACACUCGGUUUCCAAGGAGAAGGUCACGGGCAGAUAGAUACCUCCCAGUACCUUGGAAGCGUCAGGGACCUCGCCUCCUCGGUUGAGCAGACAGGCUUCGACCGCAUGCUCUUUCACUUGUUCUGCAAUCCUUUGCCCGGCAUCCGGAUGGAGAUACAGGACCUUCUGGACUCGGUCGCCCUGCCCGCCCUGGAAUCCUACUCGACCUACUUCCAGCAGCAGGCCAAGAAAACGGGUAUCGAGAGAGGGGUGCCGGUCGUAAUCGAGGAGGGCGAGCCGUCUCGCAAGAGGAGCAGACACGACUGA